GUUAUAAGCCUUUAGUAGAUGCCCCCCUAGGCUGCAAGUAGGUUCGUAUAUUUACCUAGGUAGGUAAGUAGGUACCUUGGUAUUUAAGGAAAGAAAAGCCUUGCGUUGCGUUGCGGCUAGAGGAAGGAAUGUAUUUGUCAAAGAUCGUCAGCGUGGUUCUUGGCGUGUUUAUCCUCGAUUCACAUUUCUCCAUCCCUCAAAGAUUCCACAAUUCGCACCUAAAAGUAGAUUCUUGCCUCUUUGGAUUCGUACCACAUACAUAGUACGUAUUUGUAUUACCCUUCCGCCUCUGUCCUUUCUUCCUUUAGCUGUUGUGCUAUAUCCCGCCCUAAGCUUCGGUUCUUUACAUGUACCUAUAAUCUUCCUGUCCCCAAAUAGAAUACCUCCUUAACCUAUCUACCUGUUACCUAUACUUACCUCCUACAUAGUAGGUACCUAAAGUAUUCAACCCUUCUUUCCUAUUCUUACCUCUCCUAGUUAAUUAGUUUUCCCAGGAACUUGUAAUACUCCUCCUCCUCCUCUUCCCAUCUUUUCCAGCUAUGCUGUCCUUCCGGUAAUAAAGAGAAGAAAAGGGCUGUCCCAUGUUUCCAUCCAAGGCCCCCCGCGUCUUUGUCGUCGCCAGCGUCACGCUCCUGUUCCUGGUCACAUACACGAGCCUCCAUCUAUAUCAUGGUGCCCCGUCCUCAUAUUCGGCGGCGGCUCCGCAAAUCCUUCCGAUUAAAGAUGCCAUAGCCGCAGCGGAGGAUUUAGAUGCGGAUUUAGAUACCGAUCAUGUCGAUGCAGCAGUGUUUACUACUACUCGUGUCUUAACUCCAACCUUGAUUAAUCCUGCUUUGGCUCCUACUCCUACUAGUAAAGAUGAAGAAGAUGAAGGGCCAGCCUGGAAGCCAAGCACUACCGGUGCGUCUUCAUCAUCAUCUCAGCCCACUAACUUUGGGGAUGAUCCUGUGGCAGGGGAUAAGUCUGGGGAAGAACAGCAUGAGGAACAGCAUGAAGGGCAUGAAGAGCAUCAGCGACCUCUUCCUGAUCCGAAACUCUGCUCGAAAGACUUGGAGUUUCUAGUGCGCUCUAGCAUCGAUUUGGAUUUAACCAAACGUGUGCACUACAUUCGGCGCUAUAUCAAACCUAUAUUCUCCGAUACUGUUAACAGAGACAACAUUGCCAACAUUACAGAGCCUCUCGUUAAAGGCGAGACGAAAAUCGACCUAUACCAAUGCGGGGAUGUUGCGAUUCCUCAGUCUGAGCCCAUCGAGCUGGUUGUCCCGAGGCCUUAUCCGAAAGCCACGUUUGUGCAUCUUAUGUUUGGUAUAGCGACGGAUUAUAUGCGUCUCAAUGACUCGAUCGCCCCCUUUUCCCACUGGAUUGCCGGCACAGGUGCCAAGCUUGUCGCCCUAGUUACGGACGCGAAAGAGAAGUCGACUGAAGAUAUGGAGAAACUACAGCACGCUUUUGAGAUGGCUGAUAUCGACAUCACUCUGGUGAAACCCAUCAGCAGCGACUUCUCGACUUCGCAAAACCACUUCGCCGUCCUUACUAAUAUGCUCCAUCACGACAGUCCCGAAGCCCAGUGGUAUGGUCUCAUAGACGACGAUACUUUCUUCCCGGAUUUGAAACCCCUUUCAGACAGCCUCGCUACUUUGGACCACACUAUGGAUGCUUAUGUUGGCGCUCUUUCGGAAGACUUCUCCUCCGUCCGAAUAUUCGGCUUCAUGGCAUAUGGCGGCGCUGGUGCGUACCUGUCGGCCCCGCUCGCAAGAAAGCUUGGCGACCAAGCCCUCCAAUGUAUCCACGACGCGACUGCUCAAGAAGGCGAUACUAUCCUUCGGGACUGUGUAUACUCUAACUCCAAAGCCAAACUCACCAUGCUUCCAGGUCUGUACCAACAGGAUCUAAGGGACGACGUCAGCGGAUUCUUCGAAGGAGGAUUGAAACCUUUGAAUCUUCACCAUUGGAAAAGUUGGUACAAGGCGCCUGUCGAGAAGAUGGCCAAAGUUGCCAAAUUUUGCGGGGACUGCUUUUUGCAGCGCUGGCGGUUCGGCAAUGAUACGGUAUUUUAUAACGGGUUCUCCAUUGCGGAAUAUGCAGAUGGGGUGAACUCGGUUGACCUACAAUUGAUGGAAGGCACGUGGAAUAAGGGCGACAGCAAAGAUUUCGACUUUAGCCUUGGUCCGCUCAGAAAACCAUAUUCUGCGGAUCAGAAGAAGAGUUACAGGCUGAGAGAAGCCGAGCUUACGGAGGAUGGGGAUCUAAGACAACUAUACGUACGGCGUGGGGAUUCUUCCAAGGAUGAAGGAGAUGAGCUCGAUUGGGUGAUUGAGCUUGUAUGGCAAAGGCAUUAAAUACGGCGUUAAGGGAGGGGGGCGCAUACCCGGUUUCUGGUUAAGGGGGGUUAUUUUGAUGUACGCAUUUUAAGUACCUAGAUCAUAAGCCACCAGUGCAAGACGGCGGCGAUGCAUGAGUUAGGUAGGUACCUAAGGUAGAGGGACAUUCAUGUUAGUACUAUCACUUGAUAAACUAUGUGAUGUGUAUAUGUACAUACCUACAUAAUAUUAUCUGUCAUAUUUACUUUGGA